AUGUCGACUCAAAGAGAAGCUGUCAAUCCUCUGAGGCCGUACUAUAUCCCUCCCUCAAUUGGAGCCCCCGCUGAGACAGCCGCCAAGUCGAGCCCUAGCCCAAACCCAUUCCCAGAUGGACGACAUGUGACUGCCGCUGGUGAACGAUAUGCCUCCAAGGCACGCGAUAUCCUCUCCGAUCUCGAAUACAAUGAUUACCUAGGCGACACCUCGCCGUCUAUGGUCCAGAAUGCGAAGAGCCUUAUCGACGAGCUGCUAUGGAAAUACAGCUCGGUUCUUAUGGCCCAGCCAUUCGAGGUAGCAAAGACCUUGUUGCAGGUUCGAAACCAAGAUGAAAAUGCUGUAUAUGGACUUCCCGCGGAGCCAGAGCCCCCUAAGAAGCCGGUCUCUCCGCCGAGAAGCUCCAUGUAUGAUUUUAGAGACUCGGACUCUGAGGGCGAAGAGCCUAAUUACUUUUCAUCGAAUAUCCCCUCAACACCUCACGAAUCCCCAUGGGGUUCAAGCUCUCUACGAGAGCCAUCGCCUGUAAAGAAGCCGGCUAUCCCAGAACACUACCUUCAACUCCGACGCCCAGAUUCGAUUCUCGAGGUAAUCGGUCAGCUAUGGUCCAAGGAAGGUGCUUGGGGAGUGUGGAAGGGAUCAAAUGCCACAUUCCUUUACACAGUGUUGCAGUCUUUGCUGGAAAACUGGGGCCGAAGCUUUCUCAGUGCGAUUUUCAAUGUCCCAGACAUGGGUGUUAGAGAAGACAUUGAUCGAAUGAUUGAUAUCGCUUCGCCCUACCCUUGGGCGUCUCUUUUUGUUGCUGCCGCCGCAGCUGUUGCCACAGGACUUGUCCUGUCGCCAUUGGACUUGGUCCGAACUAGACUUAUUGUCACCCCGAGCUCAAACGGUCAGCGCAGGACGCUGGCUACCCUCAGAAACCUCCCCUCCUACCUCUGCUCCUCGAUGCUGGUAGUCCCAACCGUUCUCAACUCCUUGAUCCACCCUCUUAUCACACUCUCCACACCUCUUGUUCUCCGAACUCAGUUCAUGAUCGAUAGCCAAGUCUCACCCAUGGCUUUCUCCAUCUCCAAAUUCAUUGCUUCAUCGUCAGCGAUCCUUCUCAAGUUGCCCAUUGAGACUGUCCUUCGACGUGGACAAGUCUCGCUCCUGUCGAGCCAGGAAUACGUACAGGCACUCAGCCCCGGACAGCCAUUCACCACUAUCAUUCCUCCCGGACGUUACGAAGGCACCUUCGGCACCAUGUUCCACAUUGUUAACGAAGAAGGAACUCACGAGGCUCCCGUUUCGGCGCAAGCUGCAGCAAAGAAGGGCAAGGUAAAGACUAAGGGUGUCGCUGCCACAGUCUACAAGGGCCAGGGCCGUGAGGGACUGUGGAGAGGCUGGAAGGUCAACUGGUGGGGUCUCGUUGGUCUCUGGACUGCGAGUGUGGUAGGCCACGGUGGAGAGGGCGAGUUUUAA